CCUUUUCUUUUGUCGGUGAUUAUUUAACUUUUGUUUCCAUACUCCCCGAAAUUGCUCUCUCUCGACCUCCCAUUCGGAAUCCAGUCAAUGAACGAUGCGGGGAUCUGAAGCAUCGGGGCCCGGUGCCCUUUGGGAUGCUCCCUCGACGACCCUCACCACUUCCGUGAUAAGCCGCACACCGUCCGUUCUCCCGGUCGCAGAAGCCCCCCAUCCCGCCACCGUCCCCGACCCCGUCGCCCCCGACGUCAAAUCCCUUCGUAUGGCGAUGUCGGCCAGAAGUCAAGAUGGCGGUCUAGUCAGCGCCGCUGCCAAUACGCCCAGUUCGACCGGCAAGGGCAUCUUGAUCGGCGUCCUGUCCGCUUUUGGCUCGGCCGCCGUCGCAGUCGUCGUCCUGGCCGUGUUCUUCUUCUUCAAGUAUACUCGGCGUGGUAGAAUCAUCUUGGAUCGCAUCGGUCGACCCGGUGAAUUCGACGAUGAACAGGCUUUCUUGCGGGAGGAGUCGGAGGCGUUGGAAACCAUGGAUGAUUUGUCGCGAUCGGAGUACUUGAGAGCGAAAGCAUUUGUCGAAGGCAACCCGCCCGAGUCGAUGCAGACCGAUAUCUCGCUGUCUCAGUUUCUUGCGAUCCAAGAGAAGGGCGUCUCGGCGUGGGAGUUUCAACCGGAGCUGGAAAUCGCCAACUGCUUUGUCGAGGCCCGGACGGAAAUCGAGUUCUACGAUUCAGAAUGCAGCGUUCAGACCAAUCUCCCGGUUCCAAAGCAGAACGACGUUUACUAUUGGGAGGCGAAGAUAUACGAUAAGCCCGAAACCACUCUUAUCAGCAUCGGCAUGACCACGAAACCCUAUCCACUGUUCAGACUGCCUGGUUUCCACAAGUCCUCGGUAGCCUACCAGUCCACGGGUCACCGGAGAUACAACCAACCGUUCGCGUCCAGCCCAUAUGGCCCGCAUCUCCUCCAAGGAGAUGUCGUUGGGAUCGGAUACCGGCCUCGAUCGGGUACAAUUUUCUUCACCCGCAACGGAAAGAAACUCGAAGAUGUGGUCCAUGGUCAGAAGGCGCAGAAUUUCUUCCCCACGGUCGGUGCGAAUGGACCCUGUGCUGUGCACGUCAACUUUGGCCAAAUGGGCUUUGUCUUCAUUGAAGCGAAUGUCAAGAAAUGGGGUCUGGCUCCCAUGACCGGUAGUCUGGCUCCCCCUCCGCCCUAUGGAAGCGAGCAGGGUAGCAUCCUACUUGAGUCCGGCCGCGAGAGUGCUGCUCAGAUCUCCCACCGUGUUUAUCAAGAUGCCGGCAAUGCGCGGACAAGCUCGACCCUUCGGAUUGCACCCUCGGUCAGCCCUGGCCCGGUGCGGUCCCCAACCGAUAUCUCGCUCGCUCAAUUAGCGCAUGUUCCUUCCAAUGAAGAUGCCGGAGAGGGUUCCAGUCGGACAAAUGGCGCAGACGGCGAGCAGGAUCCGUUAUUAACCACGCACGAUGCCGACGAUGCCGACCAAGCUCCUCCCCCGGAUUAUUCUAGCGCAGAUGGGAGUCCCCGCAACAGCGAGGACAUUCCACGGCAAUACCAACCGCCCAUACCCAGCUACGAUGCCGCUGUUGGCAACGCGGACCAUGUCCGUGGUAGAAAUGCCACGGACGAAAACCAUUAAACCACUUUUAUCGUUUCUCACAUGUUUUUUCUCCUCCGGGCCCCUUUCGGUAAUUGGCGAGGUCCCCUUGUGUUUAUAGGCAUUCGAGCCGUUCACCAUGUCGAUAUCAUUUCUGUCAUUGAUUUUAGCGGUCGGGGUUGGCGUUUUAAUGGGCGAGUUUUCACGGUCGAACUUUUCAUGGGAGGCGGUAUGCCACGGGGUAGUGGCAGUGAUGACUCUUUUACGUAUAUAGGGACUGGCUCUUCUUUCUUCCCCCCUCUUCAUGUUUCCCAUAUGUUUUUCUUUCCCCACCGGUGCAUCAUCCCCUUGAGCUCGAAGCAACGGGAGGGUUAUCUGCACUCGAACCCAAAACCAUAACAAUUCAUUUGAACUCCGCGGCGUUUGGAGAACAUCUUAUUCCAGAUUGACAUACGGAAUCUGGAGGUCUCAGCGAUUGAUAUCCCCCAUCUGUCAUUAGGAUUACCACCAUGCUUACAUGCUUUCUCAC